AUGGCUGGUGUUAUCUGUGACAAUUUGACCGGCCACGUCCUUGAGCUCCACCUGAAGGCGAUUCGCACGAUUCUUGAGAGGCAAGAUAAAUCCCUCUUGGCUGAUUUGAAAGAUUUGGUACCUCUAUUCCUAGUUGGAUUUUUGGUCUUAAAGACUGAUCUUCUUUCACUAUAUGGUAAUGAUUUUCAAGGUCCAAUUCCAAAUGGACUUCAAAACUUGACAUCUCUUAGGCACUUUGAUUUGUCUGGGAACUUAUUCAACUCUUCAAUACCCGACUGGCUGCACAUAUUAGUUUCCUUGAGUUCUUUUCUCUUGAAAGUCUCCUUUGACUUCAUACCAUGUGGUGAACUUGAAGGUAGUAUUCCAAGAUCUUUAGGACAAACUUUCAUCCUUGGAAGAAGUAGAUCUUCCUUCAACAAAUUGGAGGGAAUAUAUCUGAAAUUCACUUUGUCAAUUCACAAGAUAUAUGCUUUUGAUGUAUCUGAAAACUCACUAUCAUUGAAAGUUAGUCCUGAUUGGAUUCCUCCUUCCAACUUGGAGUGCUUGGUUUGCGUUUGUCAUUUGGGUCUCGAUUUCCAUCUGGCUUCCUUUGCAAAAGAAUUUAUUGCUUUGGAUAUAUCAAACUCAACACUUGUAGAUACCAUAUCUAAGGUGAAACCCAUGGAGUAUUUCGAACCUGACUUUUUUGAGUCACUUGAACUUAUCCAACAACAACCUCAUGGGAGGAUUCCUUGA